CAGGAAGAGGGAAGUUUUAAAGAUAUAAAUUCACUUUUGUAUCAUUGUACUGUUAGUAACAGCAAGGACACCUUCACUCUGUUGUAAGUUGACAUUCUGCUUGGGUUUGAAUCAACAUGCAUGGGCGUAGAAAAUUUUGGCAGAGAUAGCAAUGUGACCAUUUAUAGGAGACUGGUCCAUAUUGAAAAUGCAGGUGACAAACCGCAUGCAGAGGUCUGCGACCAGGGAAGGCGGAGCGCGAUCAUUAAUCGAAGUUGUCAACGAUGUUCAAAACGAUGUACAGCUGCGCAAAUCCAUGAAAAACGACAAGUCGCUAUUCAUAUUUAAGAGACAAUGUUGCAUCAGAAAAACAGCGAUAUGUUUGACAGAUAACAAAUGUUUCGAAAUUUUUAUUCUGUGCGUCAUCUUAGCUAAUUGUAUUGUGCUGGCGCUGGCAGAACAUCUACCAAACAAUGAUAAAACAAAGAGAACCAUGGAGCUGGAGAAAUCAGAGGUGUAUUUUCUGUCCAUUUUUACCGUUGAAGCUGCACUGAAAAUAAUUUCGCAAGGUUUCAUAAUCGGGAAGACUGCUUAUCUAAAGGACCACUGGAACAAACUUGAUUUUUUGCUGGUAAUUUUGGGCCUUUUGGAAUAUUGUGUGAAUAUUAUGCUGAAAUUCAAUUUUACGCUGCUGAGAUUGACUCGAGUCCUGCGGGCUAUUAGAUUUGUAUCUAAAAUCCAAAAGAUGAGGGGAGUGGCCAUGACUAUUUUUCGGAGCGUGUCUCUACUAGUGCCAGUAUUCGUCUUGGUUAUCAUGACAAUGAUAAUUUUUGCCAUUUUGGGCAUGAACUACUACAAGGGUGCGUUCAACAGAACCUGCUUUAAUAGUGACUAUGAAAUGCAAUGUCACGAAAAAAAAUGCCAUCCUAAGAUGGUGGAAUCGCGGCCUUGUCAAGAAGACAGAGAGGGCACUGGCCACCACUGCACUGAAAACAGUACGUGUAGCCGUUACUGGGUGGGGCCUAACGAAGGUAUUACUAGUUUCAACAACAUCGGUGUUGCCCUGCUGACAGUCUUCCAGUGCCUAACCAUGGAAGGAUGGACCGACUUGUACUACUUUACUAAUGACGCUAAGGGGAUUUCCUGGAACUGGCUCUAUUUCAUACCUCUUGUGGUGUUCUGUGCAUUUUUCAUGAUGAAUAUUGUUCUUGGAAUAUUGAAAGGAGUAUUUACGAGAGAACGAGAAAAGAUGGAACGAGAACAGAAGACUGAAAAAACGGAAUAUCUGAACGAAAAACGGCAGAUGCAGAACUGCUUUAAAUGGAUAAAUAAAGGGGAGGAAAUCGAGUGUCGAGAACAAUCUGCUUUACCAAGACAGUUACCUCGAAACGUUUUAAAAGAUAUCGACAAAAAGAUAUCGGAAGUCAGAUUUCUACGCGUGAGACGGUUAGUGGAGUCGGAGUGUUUUUUCUGGGCUACCAUGAUGUGUGUGUUUGCAAACACGGUGAUUGCGGCAACAGAACACUACAAUCAGCCUCAAUGGUUGGAGAGUGUACAAUAUUACAUGGAAAUCGUCUUCGUGGCUCUAUAUGCAAUAGAAAUACUACUGAGAAUAUGUGCGCAUGGAUGCAGACAGUAUUUCUUCUCCAAAUUCAACAUUUUCGACACGGUGGUUUUGUUGGCCAGUAUCCUUGAAUUAGCAAUACGAAUCCUGUGCGCACGCAAACAUGGACUGAAAUGCAGUGUCUUCAGGGCUAUGAGAUUGUUACAAGUCUUCAAGAAAACCAAGUAUAAUGACGACAUAGAAAAACUGCUUCAGGUGCUAAUCGGAAGUAUAUCCUACGUGUUAAGUUUGAUGUUUAUUCUCUUCCUGUUCCUCUUCAUGUUCGCGCUGUUCGGGAUGGAGUUGUUUGGCGGGAGGUUUAAUUUCAAUGAAGGCAGACCGGAAGCUCAUUUUGAUUCCUUCACUAAAGCAAUGCUAACAGUAUUCCAGAUAUUGACGGGAGAGGAUUGGAAUGUAGUUAUGUACAACGGCGUGAAGGCGCAUGGUGGUAUUGACGGAAUAGGCGCUCUCGUGGUGUUCUACUUCAUCACCAUCGUUCUCUUUGGAAAUUACAUGCUGCUGAACAUUUUGUUCGCUAUUGCUGUUGAUAGUCUCGCUGAGGCAAAAAGGAUCUCUGAUUCAGAGAAGACAAAGAUAAAAGAGAUGAAAGGAUCCACCGUAAUGGACAAAGAAGCUGCUCACGAGAAAUGCCGUUCCAGUUGUAACAUAAAUCCAGACCGAAACCUUCUCGUCUUCGGAAAAAACAACAAAUUUCGAAAAAAAGUCCACAAGCUGGUCAUCCAUGAUAGGUUCGAGAAAUUGGUGUUGAUCUGUAUCAUAUUGAGUAGCAUAACCCUGGCUUUAGAAGAUCCUACUAAGGAGCACAACUCAGUCCGUAAUGAAAUCCUGUUUUGGGUGGACGCUGUUUUUGCCUUCAUUUUUACAAUCGAAAUGAUACUUAAGUUGAUAGACAUAGGACUGGUGCUUCAUAAAGGAUCCUAUUUACGAGACAGAUGGAAUUUUAUGGAUGGUGUUAUUGUUAUUGCUUCCAUUGCGUCCUUAUUCAUAAGCGACUCGAGUGCAAAAACAUUGAAGGUCUUCCGAGUGUUACGAGUAUUAAGAAUUUUAAGAACCAUUAAAAGAUUUCCAGGAUUAAAGAAAGCGUGUGUGAUGUUUCUAAAGUCGAUACAGAGCGUAGGUCCCUUAAUUUCGAUCUAUGUGCUAUUGCAUGUCACAUUCUCCAUUAUGGCGGUUCAGCUAAUGAACGGGAGGCUCUUUUAUUGUACUGACCUCACAAAAAUGACACGUGAUCAAUGCAGAGGGACGUUUUUCCAGUAUACAGAAGCAAAUUUUAUGACACCGAAAAUCUCAAAGAGGGAGUGGAAGAGACGAGAUUUUCACUUUGACAAUGUUGGAGCUGCAAUAUCAACCCUUUUUGUCAUAACCUCUGGAGAGGGAUGGCCAUAUAUUGUACACACCGCGGUGUCAAGCACCGGGGUGGACAAGGGACCUAAAGACGAAGUCAAUCCAGAGAUUUCCGUCUUCUUUGUGGUGUACAUGACUAUUGCCCCCUUCUUCUUUCUGAAUGUUUUCAUUGCCAUGAUCACAGUGGCAUUUCAAACAGAAGACACCAACAAGAACAUCUGUGGUUUAACAACAAGUCAGGAGAAUUGUAUACGGUACGUCGUCGAAGCUGAACCAGUUCAAAUGAGAUUUAUUUCGAAAGAUGCCUCGAAGCUUCGAAAGUUACUAUGGAAAGUUAUCAUAUCCGAUCACUUCGAAAAUGUUGUCAUACUUUUCGUUAUCCUCAACACGAUAUGCUUGGCAAUGGAGUAUCAGGAUCAGUCUGAGGCUUACACAUUCUCCCUGCAGUACUCCAAUCUGGUGUUCGUGGUUGCCUUUGUUCUUGAAACAGUGCUGAAAAUGUUUGUUCUACGCAAGAAAUACUUCUCGGACAAUUGGAACCGUAUGGACCUAUUCUUGGUUUUGGGUAGUGUUGUCGACACCACAUUAGAUCUUCUGAAGAUUCAAGGCAUCAACUUCCGGGUGUUCAGGGCAAUUCGAGUUCUUAAACUAUUGAAAAAAGUCAGAUCCCUUAGAUUCUUGCUAUGGAGCUUCUAUCUGUCCUUAAAGUCGCUGCCAUAUGUUAUCAUUCUCAACUUGUUAUUGUUCUACGUGUUCGCAGUUCUUGGGAUGCAGAUCUUCGGGAACAUCGGAGUAGAUGACGAGACGUCCAUAACUAAAUACAACAACUUCGGCAAUAUUCUGACAUCAUUGCUAGUCUUAUUUCGGUGUGCCACUGGUGAAAACUGGCAGAAUGUGAUGCUGGAUUGCCUGAGUGGUCGGCCUUGUGAGAGUGGUGGCGCUUCCUGCGGCACGGACGGGGCCUACUUCUACUUCAUUGUAUUUAUUUGUUUAUCGUCGUUUUUGAUGAUGAACUUGUUUGAGGCGGUGAUUGUGGAAAACUUUAACUAUCUACAUCGCGACCCUUCUGAACUGGGCCCACACCACCUCGAAACCUUCACAGAUUUGUGGCAUAAAUAUGCCAGUUUAGAUGACCCGAAUACUAUGGAAGUCAAGCAUCUAGAAGAUUUUGUCAAAUCCAUGGAUCCGCCUCUUGGUUUUGGUCGUAGAUGUCCUAGGACACAAAUGCAACGGAACUUUUUAAGAAUGAAUACAAGUAUAGACGAAAAUCUUCAUGUGCACUUCGUAAGCGUCAUGUUUGAUCUCGUAAGCUUAGCACUGGGUAUCCAUAGCAAAGCGUGGAGGAACGAAAAUUACGAGAAUCUUCGAACUGUACUCAAAGGAAAACUGAAUGUAGACAGUGACAAACUUAAACUUAUGUUACCAGACACAGAACCAAAGCUCAGUUUAAGACAGUUCGCAGCAGUUCAAUCGUGGAAGAAGUGGACCAGGAAAAAAGCGUCUUCAGCAACCAGGAGAAAAUCGUCUUUAUCAAAGAGAAAUCCAAUUAGUAGGCUGAUCGACUCAUCACGUAAAAGAUUGUCUAAGGCAAAACAGAAGAAAAAUGUCAGGAAUGACGAGAACAGUUCUAUAAUAAUGGUCGAGGACAUUUCUAUGAUCGAGAACCAUUCUAUGGUCGAAAUCAAUUCCAAGAACCAUUCUAUGGUCGAGAUAUAUCGUCGUAUCAAUCCGUGAUAGACUUUUCCAGUUUUGAUCAAGACAGCAACCUACUUCUGCACCACCUCUCUGUGAGCUCUGCACCACUUCUCUGUGAGCCUUUGAAAGUUUGUAUGUACAACAUUGUGGCAUGUACACACUGUGGACAGACAUUCAUACGAUCUUUAAAUGACAUUCUGUUUACUUAAAACGCACUCUACGUGCCAUUGGAUAUGUUCAUCAUACUAAGAAACAUAACAUUCAGUAGAAUUGUAGUUAUGUUACAUUACAAAAAGACUAGAUUGUCGUUUAUAUACAACAGCACCGUUCAAUGAAACAUUAAAAAUAUGACUUGGAAAAUCUG